UCUCCAAUAACAAUGAAAAAAAGUCCGAUGACAAAGUUGAUGGCGUUGAUGGAGCAGUAGAUGGGGAUAAUGAAAGAGAAAGGCCUAAUUGGGGCAAUGGUCUUGAGUUUCUCAUGUCAUGCAUAUCAAUGUCUGUGGGUUUAGGCAAUGUAUGGCGAUUUCCCUUUACAGCCUAUGAAAAUGGUGGCGGAGCAUUUCUUAUACCCUAUUUGGUUGUAUUAUUUUUUAUUGGCAAACCAAUGUAUUAUUUGGAAAUGAUAUUGGGACAAUUUUCAAGUAAAGGUUCUGUAAAAAUAUGGUCCAUAUGUCCAUCGUUUUUGGGUGUUGGCUAUGGCCAGGCCUUUGGCACAAUAUGUGUUAUUACCUAUUAUUCCUCUCUCAUUUCUCUAACACUCUAUUACAUGGUGGUCUCAUGCCAAGCGAUAUUACCCUGGACUUAUUGUCGGGAGGAAUGGGGUCUGGAUUGUUUGGAUUCAUUGCCAAAACCAGAUUCAAUACAACAUCAUACUGCAUCACAUAAAUUAACAAGUAGUUCGGAGUUGUAUUUUACUGAAAUCGUUGCUAAAGAAAAAUUACAAAUAUCGGAUGGUUUGGGUAUGCCAAAUUUAUAUUUAACUAUUACCUUGUUUGUUUCAUGGGUGGUUAUAUUUUUGGUCAUACGUCAGGGUGUGAAAAGUUCCGGAAAGGCGGCCUAUUUUCUGGCAAUAUUUCCAUAUAUAGUGUUGCUUGCUCUGCUAAUACGCAGUGUUACGCUGGAGGGCGCUGUUGAUGGUAUUGUCUUCUUUUUAAAUCCACAAUGGAGUGAGCUACUUAAUUUGAAGGUUUGGAAAGAGGCCGUUGUACAAUGUUUCUUUUCGUUAGCCGUAGGUGUGGGUCCCAUCAUAAUGUUCUCUUCGUACAACCGGUUUGAUCAUACAAUUUAUAGAGACGCCAUGAUUGUAACUAGUUUGGAUACCGUUACCAGCAUGUUAGCUGGCAUAACAAUAUUCGGUAUUUUGGGAAAUUUGGCUCAUAAUCUCAAUAUUACCAAUAUCAAGGAGGUGGUUCAAAGCGGUACCGCCUUGGCUUUCAUUUCAUAUCCCGAUGCUAUAGCCAAAUUUCAAGCCAUACCUCAAUUUUUUGCUGUACUUUUCUUCUUUAUGUUAUUCGUAUUGGGAGUGGGCUCGAUUGUGGCUCUUCAGAGUACGAUUGUUACAAUAAUAUGUGAUCAAUACAAAUCAUUAAAAUAUUGGGUGGUAGCCUUGAUAACAUCGAUUUGUGGUUUUCUAUUGGGAGUGGUUUAUGUGACACCGGGCGGCCAAUGGAUUUUAAAUUUGGUGGAUUUUUAUGGUGGCACUUAUGUGAUAUUCGCCUUGGCGAUAUUUGAAAUUGUUGGCGUCAUUUGGAUUUAUGGCUUGCAAAACUUCUGUGAUGAUGUUGAAUUUAUGACCCACAGGAAGGUUUCCAUGUACUGGCGUAUCUGCUGGUCAUUUUUGACACCCAUAAUGAUGUUGAUUAUAUUCAUCUAUUCCAUGAUAACAAUAGAGCCUUUAACAUAUAAAGGAUUUGUUUAUCCGGAUUCUGCAAACGCUGCCGGUUGGAUAAUCUUUAUUAUUGGUGUUCUUCAAUUCCCUCUGUGGGGACUUUGGUAUAUUAAAAGUCAUUAUAAAGAAUCAUUCCUAACAUCUUUUGUGGUUUCCUUAAAAGCCACUGAAAAUUGGGGACCUGCAAAUCCCGAAACCAGAGCCAAAUGGUAUGCAUACAAAACAAAUUUGGCUGAAGAGCGUCUUAGACAAAGCAGCAGUAAUAAAAUUAGUUUCUUCAAGCAAAAACUGUAUAAUGUUACUGGAAGGACCACGUAGAUGUUGUGCAAGUAUUAAAUAAACAUAAAUAAAAUUUCAGGAAUUUUGUUUAUAAGAUUAUUAACCUAUGUUUUAUUAUAUAUCUUUGUUUCGACAAAUGACACUUUGUUUAAAAAAAUUGUGAAUACUUAAAUUACUUAUUAUUAUUAAGUGUUACUAUAACUUUCUUAAUUAAGAAUAUUGAUUUUAGUAUUAUUAAUUUUACUAUAAUUAUAUGCAUAUAACAUAUAUAUAAGAUUAUAACUCUAACAAUAAUUUUAAAUGGCUUAUAAUAUUUAAUUAUCUAAGUAUUAAUAAAUAUAUUUAUGUAUAUAAAUAAAUUAUAAUAAAUAUUGAAAACAAAAAA